AUGCUGAACAGGCCACAGAGGUUACGAUCGAUCAGCCAAGUAGUCUCAUUCACCAGGAGAUAUAUGUCUCGUUUUCGCGUUGUUGAGCACACAGCCCGGUGUCAAAAUGUCCGGGAGCGUCUGGGUGCUGUGAAAGCCGGGCAUGAGAAUGAGCUGAAACUUGUUGUCAAGCAGUACAUCCCACUUGAUAACCCUUCUCCGCAAGAAGGAGAUAUCACGAUAAUUAAGGCUCAUGCAAAUGGUUUUCCAAAGGUACUCCGAAGUCACAAAAGACGCAUUCGAUCCAUUUGGAUCGCGGAUGUUGCUCAUCAGGGACAGAGCGGUAUCUUAAAUGAAGCAUUUAUAGGUCAUGAUCCUGACUGGUUUGAUCAUGGACGCGAUCUUCUUUCCAUCAUCAACCACUUUCAAGACCAGAUCCCGCGGCCGCUUAUUGGGAUCGGUCACAGCAUGGGCGGGAUGCAACUCUCAUCUCUCACUGAUGCACCCAUCGUUAUUCGAAGGUCUUGUCUGACCGAUCCUGUGAUCCAGCGCGAGAACCCCGGCCGCAAAUACGCCGAGGCGUCCACGUACCGACGAGACCUGUGGCCCUCACGUCAACAAGCAAUCGAAAAGUUCCAGACCAGUCCAUUCUACCAGGCAUGGGAUCCCCGCGUGUUCGCGAAAUGGAUCCAGUACGGACUCCGAGAUCUCCCCACGCCACAGUAUCCCAUCACCAAGGAGACCGGGCCGUCUGCCGUAACCUUGACUACGACGAAGGCACAAGAGCUUUUCUACUACACGCGACCGUCAUACCUCGACGAGCGAUCCGGUCUCCCUCGCGGCUAUCCCGAGGAAGAAAUGCACCCCGACGACGUCGACGAAACUUAUCCGUUCUAUCGCCCUAACCCCGCCUGGAUGUUUCGGCGAUUGCCGGAGUUGAAGCCCGCUAUUCUCUAUCUAUUUGGGGACCAGUCGGAUCUGUCUUUGCCGACCGCCCGUCGCGAGAAGGUGGAGUGUACUGGCACGGGUGUCGGAGGCAGUGGCGGCGCGGCUCGUGGACUGGUUCGAGAGGUCGUUCUUCCUUGCGGUCAUAUGGUUCCCAUGGAGCGUGUUCUGGAAAGUGCCAAGGCCAGUGCUUCCUUCAUUCCCGCUCGGUUAUCGGCUUGGGAGCUGAAGGUUUCACGGUUUCGCGAGGCUUGGGAGCGAGUGCCCCAUUUGGAUCAGGUCAGCGUUGACCGGCAAUGGGAGAGGGGAAUCGGUGCUUUACCUAUAAGGUCUAAGGUUUGA